AUGCGUGCGGUCGUGAAUAGUGCCUCUCACGCCUCAGCAGCAAGCGAUUCGUCGCCUGUUGUCGUUAAUCUUCCACGUGGUGAGUCACCACGUGCAACAGGUACAUCCUUUGCGUCUGCAGCGGGUACCUCGAAUCGUAAUCCAGACGAGUCUGAGAUUGAGCUCAUCUGUUUGGGCGAGUCGGAUGAUGCAUCCGACUCGAAGGCGACUCCUCACGCCUCGGGAUCACCCGAGGCGGACGCAGCAAAAGCCAGGUUGACUAGUUCUGGUCAGCGCGGCGGUAUUAUGACCGAGAUCUUCGGAUCGAGUGAUUAUUCCGAUAAUUCUCCGUCCUACGCAGGUCCAUCCAACGAUAGGACGCGUGGGGAUGGUGGUGAUGCACAUAUAAAUUACCACGAGUGGAGUGAUUUGAGGGAUCGCGGUAUCACUGGUGCCAGUGCUCAUGCUGGCACCAAUCGAGAGGUCAGGGACCGAAGUGUUCUGCGCCACGCUCCUCAAGUGGAGUCUCCAUGGACGCCGCCAUCCAGAGUGUUGGACUAG